GCAUUCUAUUCCAAAGCCAUUAUUGCCUUCACAAUGACCGAUCCAAAAAAACCAGCAUCGGUCCAGAUUCGUCGCACCAAGGCCCGCGCCCACUUGCAAAUCUUCAACAUAGUGGAGAUUCUCCUAUGGGUCAGUGUGCUCUUCCGUACUCUCCUUCUCCUUCCCCUUGUUGGCCGUAAGUUCUUACCCGGCGGCAUUGCCGAUUUCUUCAUCUACGUGACCACCUUUACCGCCGCCAUUCAGACCAUAAACACCAUUCUCGGGCUUUCGAAUUCGCGCAACAGACUCCUCUGCAUAUUUGUCCAGGCUCAUAAGUGUUGGUUCGUAUGGGAUGUGCUCCAUGUUAAAAUUGUGAAGCACGGAUUGUUCAGCCUUUUAAUCGUUCUGUGGUCUGUCUCUAACAUCUGUCGCUUUGCGUUCUACACUUAUAAGUUGUCGCGCGGAUCUGUCCAUAACAGCUGGCUCAAAACUCUUUAUGCAAACGAGUUUUUGCUCACCUUACCAUUGGGAAUGGUAGCCGAGUGGGGUUUGAUCUUUAUGAAAUUGAGGUACGUGGAUGGAACCCUCAGGCUGUUCAUGCAAUUGGUGUUGGUAUUGUAUGUUCCAAGCUUUUACAUUUUGUUUGACCACUACUUAAAGAAGAAGACUCUUUUGGGUGAGAAACAGCAUCACGCUUAAGGUACACAUGGGACAUUCAACACAACUUUAGGACGGAAGUUAUCUUGGAUUCUCCAGUGGUUUAUGUGUCGUUAAGCUAACUCAUGUCCGAUGGUUAUAUCUGAUAUCCGUGUAUGAUUACUAGAACUGGGUAUUCCAGUUGGAUCCAGGCCGGCAGACACGGCGAAUUACGCAGAGUUUCUGUUUUUGCUGAUUGUUUAUAAAUUUGUAAUGAGUCUAUGUAUGAUGUCACCAUUUAUCCCAUCUUCGAGC